AUAUACAGUUACGGAGCCAUUUUACCGAAAAUCAUUUUCUUUGUGGAAAGUAAAGCGUUCAUAUCAAAGAUUUAAACGUCGAAUCAGAAGAAAUAUCGUGAAAAUUGAGAUUUUGAAAUGAGUCGUAUGAUAUUUUUAUAAAACAAUUGCGCCCAUAAUUGAGAGAACGAGUUAUUAAAUCAGAGUUACAAUCCGUUCUACGAAAGGGAUUUUAUGUACAUGAGAUAAACUCUUCCUACACAUUGUAGAAGUUUAUUUAUUGGGUUUUAUAAACCCCGUUUUCUAACACUUGUAAGUGUAAACUAGAUUAUGAUGACUGACACAAUAAGUUCGAACAAUCAUGUACUGCCUUUGUCCAACAAAGCAGAUAUGGAUAAAAUGGAUGACCUAGGCUGGAAGGCUAAAUUAAAAAUCCCUCCAAAAGACAAAAGAAUUCAGACUAGUGAUGUGACUGAUACCAGGGGAAAUGAGUUUGAAGAGUUCUGCCUGAAACGAGAGUUGCUGAUGGGUAUAUUCGAAAAAGGAUGGGAAAAGCCGUCUCCGAUUCAAGAGGCCUCUAUUCCGAUCGCCCUAUCUGGUAAAGACAUAUUGGCGAGAGCCAAAAACGGAACCGGUAAAACCGGUGCGUAUAGUAUACCAGUGCUGGAACAAAUCGACCCGAAAAAAGACUGUAUACAGGCGUUGAUCAUAGUGCCGACGAGAGAACUCGCCCUCCAAACCUCACAGAUAUGCAUAGAGCUCGCUAAACACUUGGACGUGCGCGUGAUGGUCACGACGGGCGGUACGAAUCUUCGCGACGACAUCAUGCGUAUCUAUCAGAAGGUGCAGGUGAUAAUCGCCACGCCGGGCCGCAUCCUCGACCUGAUGGAGAAACGGGUCGCCGUGAUGGACCAGUGCAAGAUCCUGGUGCUCGACGAGGCGGACAAGCUGCUGUCGCAGGACUUCAAGGGCAUGCUGGACACGGUGAUAAAGAAUCUGCCCCACGAGAGACAGAUCCUCCUGUUCUCGGCCACGUUCCCGCUGACCGUCGAACAGUUCAUGAGGAAGCAUCUACGCGAUCCGUACGAAAUCAAUCUGAUGGAGGAGCUGACGCUCAAGGGGGUGACGCAGUAUUAUGCGUUCGUACAGGAGAGGCAGAAGGUGCAUUGUCUCAACACGUUGUUCUCUAAAUUACAAAUCAACCAAAGUAUUAUAUUUUGCAAUUCAACGCAGCGAGUCGAGCUGUUGGCCAAGAAAAUCACAGAACUGGGAUACUGUUGCUACUACAUUCACGCAAAAAUGGCACAGGCCCAUCGUAACCGAGUUUUCCACGAUUUCCGAAAUGGACUCUGCAGGAAUCUAGUCUGUUCAGAUCUGUUCACAAGAGGUAUCGACGUCCAAGCGGUGAACGUAGUAAUAAACUUCGACUUCCCAAAAAUGGCAGAAACAUAUUUGCAUCGUAUCGGUCGUUCCGGUCGUUUCGGACAUCUCGGCAUCGCAAUCAAUUUAAUCACGUACGACGACCGAUUCGCAUUGCACCGCAUCGAACAGGAGCUCGGCACCGAAAUCAAGCCGAUACCGAAGGUCAUCGAUCCGAAGCUGUACGUGGCCAAAAUGCUCGACGACGAGGAAACACAACAGACGGACGGCACGCAAAAGUAAACCGAGUGACGCGGUACGGUGUGAUAGCAAACAAAAUGAUCUGUUUUCAUUUUAUGAACUAUCAGUUGUAAAAUAACAUUAAAAAUCCAACCAAACUACGUAAAUGAACUCUUGUAAAUAGAUAACCGAACAAAACGGACAAAACGUACUUUUGUUUCAAUUUUUCGAAGGAUCAUGUUUUCGUUAGUAAUCAAGUUUUUUAUAUAUAAAAAAAUGUAUAUUUUGGGUGUAUUUGUUCGGCUCAUGUAACUUGUACAAUGCAAAAUGAGAAGAGAAAAUUAUAAUUUUUAUAUUUGCCUGUAUGUGUAAAUGUGAAGCAAUACAGGACGUUGGCCGGCAAGUUCUCAACAACACUUAUAAUGUCAAGUGAUUGGGCAAAUAGUGUGCAUUUAUUGGCUGGCUCCAUUGGUGGAAGUAACUCUAUUCAGUAACGUCUUCGGUUUUCAUAUAUUAUCUGUGAUAAACUAAAAAUAACCUGCUAGUCCGGGUGGUUACAAAAUUCUCAACACUUAAUUUAUUUAUUUAAUUUUCAUUAAGUUUUACGCCAAGAUCGGUUUAGGACGGAAUGUUGUUACCCGCGAAGUUCUAAAACAAGCCAAUAACAUUAACAUUUGCUUGAUUACGUACAUGAUUAAUUGAAAGAAUUUGUUGGUGACAAUCCAAAUGCAUUGUGGAGCUGUCCUAACAUCGAAUCUCCUGCAAUUCAACAGUGCAUUUGGAUAGUGGAGUGUGUUGAAGUUUUUAAACAUCUCUGGUUUUGUUGUUCAGGAACUAAGUGAUACAUACGAACUUAAAUACAAGUGAUUUAUCAUGGAGAUAGGACUCUUUAAAUGUGCUAACAAGUGACGGACAUUGGGUCUAGGGGAGAAGAAUAUGAAUUGUUAACAUGCUCGAUUUUAUUUGUAUUUUUGGAGAUUCCUUUACACUCGAUCUGUUACACCUUCAGCUCGAGUUCUACGUAAUAAGCUAAUUGUUAAUGGUAGUUAGAUUCGUCGACUUCACUAUGUCCUGGUGAUUUUUGAAAUUGGCGAAUUUUUCAACCAAAUACAAUGAUUAAAAAGGUCCCACGAAUCGUGUUUGUACAAUUAGCUUUUAAUGUCACUGGAAAAUUAAGAAGUUACAACCAUUAAUUGCUAAUUAGACGAAUUAUGUUGAUGCAUCUUUUUGGAUGUUAAAAAUUUUAAAUUAAAAUUACUUGUGCAUCAACUGUUAUCUUUUACAGUUUUAUAAUUCAAUUCAAAAAAGAAACCUGGUCAAAUCAGGUUUUUAACAGUGAUCUUACAAAAAGACUUAAUUUUCAUUUUUACAAAAAAGGGGGGAAUCUAUUUAUGACCUUAUAAAGUGUUAUUAGUAUGUCAAAAUUAUUUUCAUUUAUGAUUAUAUUUAUUUUUUAGUGGGUAACAAAUUUUGAUAUACUUAUAACGCAAUAUAUUUUGUUAAAAAAAAUAAAAAAAAAUCCCGGAGAGAUUUUACAUCUUGUUUUGUAACUUAUUAUAUCACAUGUCUCUUUAUUGUGCAAUAUUAUGAUGUUCAGUAAAUUAUCAAUGAUUCAAUUAAAUAAGACCAUAGUUUGCCAACUUAUUGUUUAUAGUAAAAUACAGACCAUACUCUCCAC